AUGCUGGACGAUUGGCGGUGCAACCAUUUAUUUCGCCCAGGAAAUUUGAAUCUACGGUCGACACUCUACGUUGCCAUUUUUGUGAGUUUCAUCAUAACUGUUUUUGUUUUGAGUGCGACCGAUCAGCAAGCAGUGCUGCAGACUCUGCUGAAGGCUCUUCCGCUGCUAGAAAAUCGCAAAAAUACAUCCAUCAUUCUCUACUGGACGAAAUUCUUCGAGUCCAGCGAUUUUGAGGUUGGACUGGGCAGCGAGCCAUUCGGUUCAUGCAUCGAUCGAGUUACCGCAUCCAGCAGCAGCAAUUGCCUGACGACGACGGACCGAGGACUGUUGAACGACAGCAAUGCCGUCAUCUUUCACGGCCGAGACCUGCACGUCCAAGACUUGCCUCUGCCAGAAUGGAGGCGUCCUCACCAAAUCUUCAUCUUCUUCCUGCUGGAAUCACCAAUCCAUACGGACCUGGGCCUGUUGCAGCAGCCCGUCUUCCGCCAUUACUUCAACAGGACGAUGACGUAUCGCCGGGAUUCGGAUGUCGUUGAACUGCACGCUUACGGUCGCUUGCGUUGUAUCGAUCCAGCCUCGCCUUCCUGUUUGAAAUUCCCAUGCUAUGGAAAUGACUCAGUAGCAGCUCUGGAACAACACUCAGCAGAUCCCUCAUCAGUCUUUUCGGCAUCAACGAACGUGACAACCAGUGGGAAUCGCUGGUCCGCCGUUUUCUCCGAGUUCAUUUCUGUGGACAUUUACGGGAAAUGCGCCAAUGGCAAGCAUUCCUGUCCAAAUAAAUCCGAAUGUGAUCAGAUGCUCAGUCGCCACUAUCGUUUCUACUUGAGUUUCGAGAACUCCCUCUGUCCCGACUACGUCACGGAGAAACUCUACCGGCCGCUGGCUCACGACACGGUGCCGGUCGUCUAUGGCGGAGCCGAUUUUUCCGACUUCUUCCCCGCCAGAUCGUACGUAAACGGCAGACAUUUUGAGAACCCAGAGGCACUGGCCGACCCCCUGGAGAAGCUGAUUGCUAAGGACACCCUCUACUCGAGUUACUUCGAAUGGAAAAGCCAAUACGUUGUCGAUCGACUUCCUUUGGAUGGAGGUAUCGUCUUUGUCAAUUACUGA